AUGGCUGCGUCGGUCGCGUCGGGAGACGCCGAAGGAACACAAAGCAACGUGCUUGUUGCAGGAGGCGUAGUCGCCCAGCAAAACAUGUGGGCAAUCGAUGUUGAAAUGGCUGCGGAUCAACGCCAUGAAGAAGUUGAACAGCUCAAGGUAUGUGAGCAAGUUCUUGAGAAAAUAAAAGAGAUUGAGAUUUUGGCAGUAGCGGAGGUGAGCAAGCACUGGCGCACGAAUGACCCAAAACGUGAGAGGUUUGAGGGGGUUACCAGGGCAGCGGUGGAGGUAGCUGAGAACCAGUUGGCCAAGCUCAAAGAAGCCUGUGCGAAGAGCGCCAAAGAACAGCGAGGUUUUAGGCAGCUCAUGAGCUCGCUAGAGGCGAUACUCAAUACGAUUUUGUUCAAGCGGUGGAGCUUGUUAGAAAAAGCUGCUGUAGUGGACGAAAUCUUGAGGCGCACCGAAUGGCGGCUGGAAGAGGUAGUGAAUAGCUGCGUAGAGCUGAAAAAGAAAAUGACACAGUUAGCUCGUAAGGAGAACGAGAUUUUGUCAUUGCAGAAGCAGCUCGAGGAAAAAGCAAAGGAAAUCGAAGUGCUCAAAAGUUUGAGAAAAGAAGGCGGCAGUGAAGCCCUACCAGGUAAGCAGCGUGUGGACAAGGUAGAGCAUAGGUUGGAAGCUCUGCGAAAGUUGAAACGCGAGCUGAAUCCUGAAAUGGAUGUGUUGCAGAAUGGGCGAAGAGGGCCGCAAGAAUGGAGUCAUUGGAUGUCGGAGUCGGAUCAAUCCUCAGGGAGGACGCGGAGAGCCCACGGCACGAAUCCUCUGAAAAAACUGGGAUAUGUGCUAGUGCGUCAAUUGAGUCCGAAUAAGAGCACUUCGGAGAAAAAUGAUACCACGAUUUCCCAUGGAAAUGCGAGAGUAGCCGGUUCUCCUAACAAAGUGUUAGUGUGUAAGCGGAUAUACGUAGCACCAGGGGAUGAGUCUCGUGUGGAAGGGUUGCAAUCCGGCCUUCGUAGAAAGAACAAAGAGGGUAUGGCAAAGGUUCCAGUGUGGAACAGAGCCAAGGAGCCCCUUGUUCUGAGGGCAGGACAGGAAAUCGGUGAGUGGGAGCAAGGCGUGAAAUACGCGCGAGUGAUAGCCAAAGAUGUGGCGUCAGAUAUGACCCUGGGAAAACCGAUGAUGCAGCCUGAAGAGAGACUGAGGUGUCUGGACGAGUUACUGAGGCAAAACCGCGACUCGGGCAGCGACAGCGAUAAUGGGCUGUGGAAGCUGGUGAACGAGUACAAUUCGCUGUUUGCUGUGGAGGACAGAGAAUUAACGCAGACGAGCUUAGUAGUGCAUGAGGUGGAUACGGGCGAUACUGCGCCCAUAAGACAAAGGACACAUCCAGUGCCACUAGGGGCGCGCUCAGAAUUCAAGAAGAUGAUCAAAGAAUUGUUGGAUAGAGGAAUCAUAGAAGAGUCAUCAUCAGAUUGGGCGUCGCCAGUGGUAGCACUAUUCAAGAGGCAGAAUGUUCCACCACGAGUGCUCCGUUGGGCGUUGGAGGUACAGCAGUACAAACUGACAGUGCAAUACGUCAAGGGCAAGGCCAAUGCCGUUGCCGAUGCGUUGUCCAGGAGUACACCGGUUGAAGGAAAACUGGAGGAAGUGGCGAACCCAGGCGAAGAUAAAAUCAACUUGAGAGGGGAAAGUGUGGACGAAGAAGUAAGACUGCCUGGAUUCAAAAAGAAGUUGAGCAUCGCAGAUUUCACCUUGGAAGAGGGGGAAUUGAAACUCAUACGUGAAGAUGGAACCACCGUCCUGGUAGUGCCAAGGUCAAAAAGGAAGCUGGUCUUCGACGAAGCGCAUAGCGGAUGUCUGGCAGGACAUUUCGCUGCGAGGAAAAUGUGCAGGCUACUGAAGAAGCGCGUCUUUUGGGAAACAAUGGAGAGAGAUAUCACGAGAAAAUGGAGCUGCAGAAAGGGCAAUCGGAACUAUACAGAGGUGCUCAAAAAGAAAAUCGAGUGCCCAGAUCAUUGGGACACCAUGCUCCCGCACGUGGUUUACGCUUACAAUGUCACACCACAUUCUGCGACUAGAGAAAGCCCAUUCUUCUUACUGUAUGGCGUCGAUCCAGUGAUUCCCCUCGACUCGUUACCAGAGCCGAGAGUGAAAGUGAGCCAGGUUGAUCUGGACGACUACAAGUCUGAACUUCUCAGAGAUGAAAUCGGUAAUGACCCAGUAGUGGUUGAGACUAGGAGAAAGAGAGGAAGGAAACCCAGAGAGAAAGGGUGUGAGAAAAAUGACAGCCAAAUCAGUGUUGGUGUAAACAUGUGUUUAAGGGCUGUUGAUGAGUUCGAUGUCAACGACACCAUGCACUUUCUUCAUGUGAUGUUCAAAUGUGACGGGCAGCCGUUUCCAGCCGUUGAUGGUCGCUCUGGUUUCAUGCUCCACCAGUGUCGCUGCAGUCGCAGUAUUUGCGUGGGAGACCUGUUGCCGAUGGUCCCGCAGCCGGCUCGUGAGGAAAGGGUAGCGUGUGUGCUAGAUGCUGCGCGGGUUUUUGCGAUAUGGUGGGGCACUGGCUCCAUAAGUCUCAAGGUACAGAGCAUCGUCGACAAGUCGUUCCUGGCUAAUAGCCCAAAGGCCGUCGGAUACGCUUAUGCAUUUUUCCGUUAA